AUCUUACUCCCUCCUGACAAGACUUUUUCACCGUUAUUGCUAUCACAUUGUGAGCACAGUGAUUCAAUUAUUUUCUCUAUUCUAUUAUGUUUGUUUUUUUGGAUUGCGAAGAUAUUUUCCAAUUUUCAGAUUGCAUGAUGUAUUAUGAUUGAAUGAGGCCUGUUCUUUUGGUAUGGAACAAGCUAGGGAGGAAAUGGAUGCAAAGAGUGUAGCAAGGGCUGCAGAACUGAAGAGAAAAGGUCUUGAUGCUCCAUUGAUGAAAUCAGAGGGUCACAAUAUGUUAGGAUCACCAAUGAAGUACGUAUCUAGUGGUGGUGAUUGGCCCAAAACCUUACCCCAUGUCUACACCAAUAUGUUGGGGGGUAGUGGUUUAAAUAGAAGUAUAACAUCCUUUGAUGGAUCUGAACCGGUGUGUACUAGUCCUUCCUCUAUGAAGGAUCCUGGACUUACAGUCGAAGAACUUACUGUGAGAAACUAUAAGACCACAAAUUUGUCUUCAGUUAGUAGUUCAAAUAGUAGAGAGGGAAUGCAUCCUAGGCAGAGUCAGUGGCAUCAUCUAUACCAGCUCGCAAGUGGGUCAAGAAAUAAGAUGACACCAAAUGUCAGGGAGGAUUUGACUGGAAUGACUUCUGAAAUUUGGGAUUUAAAACCUUUGUUGAGUAAGCAAACCAGAGAAAUUUCUGCUCAGUUUACUGGUAGUGACAACAAGAUCAUGUCAAGCAAUAAACUGCCUUUUGGGCAUGCACAAUCAAAGAUAUUAUCCGCGUCUAGCUCUCAUGAGGUUUAUGUGAAAAAAACCUUAAAGAGCAAAGGGAUUGUUUGUAAAGGUGCAGAAGCUCAUACCGGAUUUGACAUUUCAUUCAUGGGCCAGAAUACUGAAAAACAGGCUCCUGUUGCAUUGUUGAACUCAAGUGCUAGCAUGGGGGUUGUUUGUAGAAAUAUGGAAGCUUGCAGUGAAUCUGGUGUUUCAGCUAUGAACCAGAAUAAUGAAAAACCAGCUUGUGUUGCAUUGUUGAAUUCAAAUACAAACCAUGACCAGCAUUCUUCGCAUAGUGCUGAUAAGGCCAAUCAUGAAUCUUUUGAUGAAGGAAUCAGCUUGAGAGAUAGGCUGAAACCAGGAGGUAGUACAUUAAAUAAAGUUGAGAGCAUGCAUUUGUUUAAGCAGAUUGUGGAGUUAGUGGAUUUUGCCCAUUCUCGUGGAGUUGCUUUACGUGAUUUACACCCAGCCUGUUUCACUUUGUUGCCAUCAAAUAGGAUUAAAUACACUGGAUCAUCAGCUCAGAGAGAAUUAGACACUGUCGUAUGUCAGAAUAUGAAUAAGAAGAGGUCAUUACAACAGGAUAUGGUACCUUCCAGUAGUUUGGGUGCAAAGCAGCCAAAGCUAAGGGAUGAUGUGAACUCAUUAAAACACCAAUCUCAGUUAACCCUUAAUCAUGGUUUGAGAAGUGGAAGUGUGAGUGAUACUGAUAUUCUUAUUACUGGUCAAGAUUCUGAUUGUGCUGAACACAUGGUUGGAAAUGUUUCUGGCUACCAAAGUACUUCUAUUGCAACACAGCAGCAGUCAAUUUCUUUAAAUGUCCAUUUGCAAGACAAGUGGUAUGCUAGCCCAGAGGAGCUCAUUGAUGGGAUUUGCACAUGUUCCUCAAAUAUCUACAGUCUCGGGGUUCUUUUAUUUGAGCUGCUAUGCUCUUUUGAAUCAUCAGAGAUGCUCUUCGCAGCAAUGAUGGAAUUGCGCCAACGUAUUCUUCCUCCAAAUUUUCUUUCAGUAAAUCCAAAGGAAGCUGGCUUUUGUCUUUGGUUACUUCACCCUGAGCCUUCAUCGCGUCCAACCACAAGGGAAAUCCUGCAGUCUGACUUAAUUUGUGGAGGAUCUCAAGAAUUGUAUUCAAGAGAUGAGUUUCCAUUAUCUGCUGAUGAUGAUGAUGAUACUGAGUCGGAGUUAUUACUUUACUUUCUUACUUCAAUGAAAGAACAAAAGGAGAACCAUGCCUCCAAGUUGGUGCAAGAUAUAGCAUGCCUAGAAGCAGAUCUUAAGGAGGUUGAGACAAGGAAUUUAUUCAGGACGUCCUCCACUGUUUCUUGUACACAUACUGACUUUCCCCAUGGAAGAGGAAAACAGGGCCUCUGUCCUGAAGAUCCUCUGAAUUCCAGUGUUCAUUAUAAAUCCAUCCCAGGCUCAAAUGUAAAUGAGGCAAUAUUGAUGAAAAAUAUCAGGCAGCUUGAGAGUGCAUAUUUCUCACUAAGAUCCAAAAUUGGGCUUUCGGAAACUAAUGUGGCAGAACGCCCAGAUAAGGAUUUGCUGAAGAACCGUGAUAAGUUGACUCAAGUGCAAAAUGAGAAUGAGGAGUUGAGCAUGAAUCAGAAGCCUAAGGAUCGGAUUGGAGCUUUUUUUGAAGGUUUAUGUAAGUUUGCUCGCUAUGGUAAGUUUGAAGUGCGUGGGACAUUGAGAAAUGGAGAUCUCCUCAACUCCGCAAAUGUAACUUGUUCUUUGAGUUUUGACCGUGACCAGGACUACAUUGCAGCAGCUGGUGUGUCAAAGAAAAUCAAGAUUUUUGAGUUUGAUGCACUAUUGAAUGACUCUGUUGAUAUUCAUUAUCCUGUGGUUGAGAUGUCAAACAAAUCUAAGCUUAGCUGUGUUUGCUGGAACAACUACAUCAAGAACUAUUUGGCUUCGACUGAUUAUGAUGGCAUGGUUCAGAUGUGGGAUGCAAGCACUGGUGAAGGAUUUUCCCAGUACACAGAACACCAAAAAAGGGCUUGGUCUGUAGACUUUUCUCCAGUUGACCCAACAAAGUUUGCCAGUGGAAGUGAUGAUUGUUCUGUGAAACUUUGGCAUAUUAAUGAGAGAAAUUCUACCAGCACUAUCUGGAACCCUGCUAAUGUGUGCUGUGUUCAGUUCUCUGCUUACUCUACUCAUCUGCUGGUUUUUGGAUCUGCCGAUUACAAGAUUUAUGGCUAUGAUCUUCGGCACACUAGAAUCCCUUGGUGCGUUUUAGCUGGCCACCAGAAAGCUGUCAGCUAUGUGAAAUUUGUAGAUUCAGAAACUCUUGUUUCUGCAUCCACGGACAACACUCUAAAGCUUUGGGAUCUCAACAAAACCAACUUAGAUGGGUUAUCCUCCAAUGCUUGCACCUUAACCUUUACUGGUCAUACUAAUGAGAAGAAUUUUGUGGGUUUAUCUGUUUUGGACGGAUACAUAGCAUGCGGUUCAGAAACUAAUGAGGUCUAUACUUAUCAUAGAUCUCUACCAAUGCCUGUCACUUCUCACAAAUUUGGAUCCAUUGAUCCUAUUACUGAGCAUGAGAUUGUUGAUGAUAACGGACAGUUUGUUUCAAGUGUCUGUUGGAGACAGAAGUCGAACAUGGUCGUUGCUGCAAACUCAAGUGGAAGGAUAAAAUUAUUGCAGCUGGUGUGAAAUAAAGCUCAAUCUGUCUUUAUUCAUCCUGAACCAGAUUUUAUUCCUUGCAAGUUUCUUCACCAAUUGGCUGUCGCAAAGAUUUACCUUUAUGUCUUCUUAGGGUGGACAAUGACCGACUACAGGAAUUUGACAGAUUGAAGACAAAGAAGGGGAACUGAGUUCACAUGGAGCCCUCAGUUGCAUAUUGUGUCAGUUUGUGUGGGGUUUAUGGCUUUCAAAAAGCUAAUAAAAUCAAUUGAAUUUUCUGACUCAAGCAGUCGCACCCUGUGAAUCUCUGGGCUGAUGCUAAUCCAGCAAAAAUGGAUUGAUUCAUUUCAGUUCCCCAUGUUACAUUUGUUCAACUGAGAAAAAUCGGAACUGGCAAGAAUUUGGCUACAUGUGUGCAUGACUGAGAAUAACCAAGGCAGCAUGGUUGCCAAAAUCAUGUUUGUCACUGAGGCAUGGUCACAGCCCUUCUCGACAAGUUCACCACCAAACCAGGCUGAUACUAGAUGUAAGAUGGAUGAGCUGGUAGUAAUGAUAGCUACUUAAGGAGUGCCUAUCCUCUACAAAUUACAUCAAUAAAUUGAUAAAAGAAGAACUAUCAUAGUACUUUGCAAUCCAUUUUAAGGAGUGCAGCUACUUCUGUGAUUGCUCCUCAGAACUGGACAUCAGUGGGUCCAAGGUAUGCAUACUUCACAGCUUCUGGAGUAUUUCUUCUUUGUGCUACAGAUAAAAUUUGUUAAAUCUUCAAUCAGUUCAAUUAAGCUCGUCAUUGAGUUGUAUGUAUACAAUUAUUCUUGAAUAAUUACACAAAUGUACAUCAGGUGUAACUUUACUGACUUUUGGCAUGACAUGAAUGAAAUGUUUGUUGUUUCUUGAAAAAAAAAAAAGUAAUUAGUA